CCCAGCAUGGUUCAGGGAAGAGCAAAGCUGAUUCCAUUAGGGAGGGGAUGCACAUAGCUGAAUAGCGUUACCCUACACCAGGGAAGUCAGCUACUGAAGCUGGCUUUUUGGUUGGGGAGGGGAGAAGGGGCACGGUAAAAUACAUGCAAGUAUUUAGCUUUUGCCAAGAACGCUGUUAUUCUCUGGUUCCGGAGGUGUGAGUAGGCUGUGUGGCUGGAAGCUUCUCCCUGAAGAAACUGUGGCCAAACGCUAUUACCAGCCUGCCGCUGUCGCUCCUGGGAAUGGUACCUGUGUGUUCCCCACGAUUCAGGACAUGGGAUCUUCUCUGCAGGCUGUGGCACUGUGGGGAAUAAAGGCCCCUGCUCACUGCAUCACUGCCAUCAUGAUAGCUGAUGACCAACAAACAAUUGUCACUGGAAGUCAUGAGGGUCAGCUCUGUCUCUGGAAUCUCUCACCUGAACUAAAGAUUUCAGCUAAAGAACUUCUCUUUGGUCAUUCGGCUCCAGUAACAUGUUUGGCAAGAGCAAGGGACUUCUCAAAACAGCCCUAUGUUGUUAGUGCAGCUGAAAAUGGGGAGAUGUGUAUUUGGAAUGUCACCAAUGGACGGUGUAUGGAAAAGGCCACACUUCCUUACAGGCACACUGCAAUCUGUUAUUACCAUUGCUCAUUCCGGAUGACAGGAGAAGGCUGGCUUCUGUGUUGUGGAGAAUACCAGGAUGUCCUCAUAAUUGAUGCUAAAUCUUUGGCUCUUGUUCAUACUUUCACAUCAUCUCAGUCUCCUGAUUGGAUCAACUGCAUGUGCAUUGUUCACUCCGUGAGAAUUCAAGAAGAUUCUCUCUUGGUAGUAUCUGUAGCUGGUGAGCUCAAAGUCUGGGAUCUCUCUUCAUCUUUUAACAACAUUCAGGAAAGGCAAGAUGUCUAUGAAAAAGAAUACAAAUCUCUGGACUCCCUGAACUGCCAGACAAUACGAUUUUGCCCAUAUACAGAGAGACUUCUACUGGUGGUAUUUUCUGAAUGUUGGAAGGUUUAUGAUUAUUGUGAUUUUUCUCUCCUGUGGACUGAAGUUAGUAGAAGUGGGCAGUUCUUUGCUGGUGGGGAGGUGCUUGCUGCUUACAGAAUUAUCAUCUGGACAGACGAUGGUCACAGUUAUAUCUAUCAGCUGCUGAACAGUGGGCUUUCAGAAAGCAUAUACCCUGCUGAUGGAAGAGUACUUAAAGAGACCAUUUAUCCUCAUUUACUCUGCUCUACUUCUGUGCAAGAAAAUAAGAGCCUUCCCUUUGUUAUGGGCUACGUAAAUGAAAGGAAAGAGCCUUUUUAUAAGGUGCUUUUCUCUGGAGAAGUCUCAGGAAGAAUUACUUUGUGGCGCAUCCCUGAUGUUCCCAUUUCGAAGUCUGAUGGUUCUCCUAGAGUGAUACCAAUAAGUACCACCUGGACCCUUCAAGAUAAUUUUGAUAAGCAUCAUACCAUGUCACAGAGUAUUAUCGAUCAUCUUUCUGGGUUUAAAGAUGGGGCUGGAACUGCAAUAGUCACUUCAUCAGAGUAUAUUCCAAGUCUUAAUCAACUAAUAUGUGGCUGUGAAGAUGGGAGAAUUUUCAUUACACAAGCUUUGGAUGCCGCCAAAGCAAGACUCCUAGAGAGUGGUUCUUUAUUAAAAGAUUCCGUCUAUCACAGAGUUCUUAAAGGCCAUUACCAAAGUGUUACUUCAUUACUGUAUCCCCAUGGUCUCUCAUCAAAAUUAGACCAAAGUUGGAUGUUGUCUGGGGACCAGGACUCAUGUGUCAUCUUGUGGGAUAUCUUUGCUGAACAAAUUCUGCAUAAAUUCUGUUUGGAAGCUGGUCCAGUAACAAGUCUUUUUAUGUCACCAGAGAAUUUCAGACUAAGAGUUGAUCAGAUAAUUUGCUGUGUAUGCAGUGACCAUUCAGUGGCUCUCCUGCAGCUUGAGGGGAAGAGUUGUCUCCUACAUGCCCGGAAGCAUAUUUUCCCUGUGAGGAUGAUAAAAUGGCACCCGGCUGAGAAUUUUUUAAUUGUUGGUUGUGCAGAUGACUCUGUUUACAUCUGGGAAAUUGAAACAGGAACUUUGGAAAGACAUGAAACAGGAGAAAGAGCAAGAGUUAUUCUUGAUUGUUGUGAUGACUCACAGCUUCUAAAGCCUGAGUCUGUACUUCCUGUUGCCUCAGAGAUACAUAAGCACAAAAUUGUAGAACAGAGAUCCUCUAGCUCCUACCAGCUUGGGCCAAUGCCUUCUCUUGGUCUGCAGGUAGAGUUCUCACGUAAGGUUGCUGAUGCCAAGUCUUUCUCAGGGCCUUUUAGUGUCUUUUCUGUGAAGACAAAAUGGAGUAAUAUUGACUUUCAUGUUCUUCUAUUUGAUCUGGAAAACCUUGUCGAACUUUUGCUGCCUACUCCAGCCAGUGAUGUUGACUCUUCCGGUUCGUUCUAUGGUAGUGAGGUCCUGAGAAGAGCCAAAAGCACAGCUGAGAAAAAGACAUUGGCGCUGAAAAGAAAUAAAAUGGCUUGUGGUCCUCUAUCAGGGAAGGCACAAGCCAAGCCUGUUAGUGAAAGCUCAGUCCAAGAAGAUAAUACCGUGAAAUUCUCAGCAGAAAAUGAUGGCAUUAAAAGACAUAAGAAAAUGAAGAGCUCCAAAAAGAUGCACCCUAAGCCAUCAAGGAAAGUUGAUACCAACCUUAUGAUAGACACAGCUAAAUUGCUCCUGUCUUGCCUUUUGCCAUGGGGAGUGGAUAAAGAAUUAGAUAAUCUCUGCAUUAAGCAUCUCAAUAUUUUAAAGCUUCAGGGUUCCAUUUCUUUAGGACUUGCUUCAAAUGCAGAUCACUUCUCAUUGAUGCUGCCAGGCUGGGAUUUAUUCAAUGCUGAUAUGAAGAAAGACUAUGCAAGAGGAAAUUUACUUUCCAGAAAAGUUUUGGACUUGUCAAAUAAAUAUAUAGCUGCUCUUCCAAACCAAGCUGGAAUGUCAGGAGGACUAGAAAAUAACUGUGAUUCUUUUCAAGAGUCAAACACUACAGUUUAUUUAUUGAACAGACUAUUUUUAGUUAAUAAGUUAGUUAACAUGCCUUUAGAACUGGCUUGUGGAAUCAACAGUUCCUUCAAAAUGGAAUCUGUUCAUAAUAAGGUGAAAAAUCCUGGGAGCGAUAUUUUGAAUAUUUCAAGCUUUGGUUACUUACGAAAUGGUAAGAAUGAAUCCCAUAUACCUGAGGCUGACCUUUCACUUUUGAAGCUAAUUUCAUGUUGGAGAGACCAAUCUGUGCAGGUAAUGGAAGCAAUGCAAGCUGUUCUCUUGGCAGAAGUUCAACAGCACAUGAUGACCUUGAGAAAGAUACCAAUCAGCAGUCAACUAAUAUCUAUAGCAGAGAAAGAUAACUGUGAGAUGAUGCGGACCGUGCCAAAGAAGGAAUGGGGCGAGCAGCUAGAGUUACAGUGCACUACAAACAGGCCUCUGCAAACUCCAGUCAGUCUGGCCAAGCAUGACAGCAACUCAAACUUGGCAAACUUCCAAGACGCUGAGGACAUGCCUGACAGAUGUGUCUUAGAAGAGUCUGAGAGUCCAGGUAAGACAAGGCAUCAUUCAUGGAUAGUGAAGGUGUGCUCCUGCAAAGUGUGCUAAAUGGAACCUUAUCUACAGGAUUGGAUUAAUUAACUAAGAUAUUUAAAACUCAUCGUUUGUUUAUCAUUGGAUAUGAGUUAUGUUGUUAUUGGUUAAAGUAUCAGGCUGUAGUGGAUUUGCUAAUAUGUUAGUCAGAGUGUAUUGAAUUGUUCAUUUGAAAAUACCCAGAUUCAUCUAAUUUUAGACCAUCACUGUCUAAAUCACUCUAUAUUCCUGUUUUUUCCUUUUCUGUUUUUCCAACGCGGAAUAACAUCCCUCAGACACAUAUUUAACCUUUUUAAAGAUUUUCUUCCAUCUUCCCAAUUCCUUGAUUAUGUAAUAAGCAACAUUAAAACUAUUUGUAACACACAAUGGUUUUAAAUUUGAUGUUGCUUCAAUGUAUUUAACCCCAAAUUUUAACAAAUUUUAUGUGAUCUGUUAGAUUAAGAUGUUUUGUUGUAAUAGAUGCUUUAAUUUGAAUCAGUCACUCUGCAAUAAAUCUUAUCUCUAAGCAUUAAAUGUUGUCAACAAAUAGCCAAUUCUAUUUAGUUAUCGAUUAGCCCAAAUAAGUGAUACACAUUUUAAGAGACCAACAUUGUUUAGUGUAGUUAAUUUGGACUUCUAAUGAUGUAGUGGCUAAUGUCUUUAGCUAAAUGUUGAUUUUGUUGGCCUUCUAAAUGUGAACCAGGAAAGAGGAACCUACUUAUGUUAUAUCAUAAUUGAUCCAUAUAAACUCUUAUAGUUCCCUUUCCAGAAAACUCGACCAGCAGGAAUUCUAAAAUAUGCAAAGCAGUAUAAAUAGGAACAGACAUAAAAUGCUCAUCUAUUAAGGCCUUUAGUGAUCUAUUUGCCAUGAUUUAAAUUGUAAUAUUCCUGUUUUUAUAUAAAAUCAUCAAAAUGAAUAUUAAUAUGCAUAUAUUAUAAAUAUAUAUAUUGCCUAGUCCAUAGAAAAAAUGUAAAUAAAAUGUUAUAUGUAUAUUCUCUCUCUGUCUCACUCUCUGUCUACAGAUAGAUAGACAGAGAGAGAGAAGUGCAAAUCAGUUCAGCAAACUAUAUUUUGAGCACCAGCAUCGCACAUCAGGCCUGUAUCGGGCCUGUGCUGGGAUGCAGUGGACAGAGGAGAUGGAUAAUUGGAGUUGAGAACGCUAUGAUUCAAAUGAGAUGGUCUCUACCCAUAAAGGAGCUUAUAAUUAAUGAUUGACCUGAAGUGAAUAUACCAGAAUACAGAAUCAAAUAAGUGUGAUUCCUUUAAAGUAGAUUAAAAUGUUUAUUUUUUUCUCCCUAAAAUAUGCCAUUGCAUAAAAUUCCUUUUAAGAGUUGUACUUCAGAAACUAUAAGGACAUUUUUUAUAUGAAUCAUCAGGGGAAAUUGUCAUCCUUUGGAAAUAGACAUAUAUACUCCCCCCACCACUUUGGAAACAGCCAAAAACAACUUGGAACAAGUUUCAAAAUAAAACAAGGUGUGCAAGCUAGGCAAUGGGAUACCUUUUCUUGCAUGCUGUGUAAUAGCUCUGAAGGCUAUUAUAUAAAAGACUACCAAAAACAUUAUGACUGAUGGAAAUAUCAAGUAAGUAUAUGUUAUCUCAAAAGAACAGUAUAUAUCCUCUCAAAAGAACAACUAUAAUAUUUAAAACUUAUUUGGAUACUCAAGUUCUAGUAAUUUUUUAAAGAACAGAUCCCGUAAUUAUAUAUCCCUUUUCGAAGAAGAAUGAGAGUAAAUUUUAACAAUUGCCGUAAUUAGUAUUUUUUUUCAGGUCCAAAAACAGCAAUAUUGUACCCCUAAUAGAUAUUUUCUGCUGUCACUAGCUAUAGGAAAUUAGAACUGGCAUAGCUCUGUCGUUACUAAAUGAGAUUUUAAAGGUUUUUUGGCAUCAUAUUUGAUAUAAUUUAAAUUUAAAAAUUAAUUUUUAAGUGAUUUUAAUGAAAACUUCUUUUGUCAAUACAUAUUCUGUAGACCUAUGCUGCUAUUAAAGCUUUUAAUUUCUAAAAAUGAGAGUUAAUAAGAAUACUUAAAUAAUGCUUCCCUAAUAUUCAUAUGCAAGUGUGUUAAUGGCAUAAAUUCACUAGUUUUUUAAAAAAUAAUUUAUCUUAUUUACAUUCAUUUAUUUUCAACACAUUUCAGUAACUUCUGUUGUGAGGAGACUUGAAAUAGCAAGCUGCCACACAAUUUUAUUGACCAUGUUAUGAUCCUAACCACUUGGUACCUCAGCUAGAAAUUAAAAAAUAACUGCCUCUUGAUUGGGUAUGGGUCCUUUUGCAUUUCUGGUUGAGGGUAACAAGUGUAAGUGGAGUGAUUUUAUUAGUGAAAAUGUUCAUGUUCAGAAUCUUCAUUGUCACUGUAAUAAAUAAUUUAUUGAAAAAAAUGAUCUUGUGUUUCUUUUUUGUGGUGAUCAUCUUGGUGACAUUUAUGAUUUCAUAUCUUUAUAUACACAUAUCCCUCUAAAGGAAUAUUGUAUUUUCAAAUCUGCAAGCCUGGAGCUCUUUAUUUAUUGUGGAGAUACACACUGGCUACAUUGCAGAGGAAAGAAUCUGGAGAGA